AAUGUUUAUUGAUCAGCUCCCCGGCAGGCAGGCAGGCCUGUGUGACAGCGGUCAGAUUAGUCGGGAUAUGGCGUCGCAGCGCCGGCACAGGAUGAAUUUUCCUCUCUCUGUGGGAAUUUACCAGCCGUGUUCCGGGGACGCGCUUGCCUUUUGAGGCUGCUAACAGGGGGGACAUACAUGGCGAUGGAGGAGGAGGAUAACAACACAGCGGUCCCUGCGACCAGCAUCCGAGCCGACAUCAAGAAGGGAGGCGAUGCCGGAGACAACGGGGCUUGUAUUGACAGGCAGCCGGACACGGCGGUCCAUCAGGCGGGGCUGAGCCGGACUGCGGGUCGCGGCAGCCACAGCGGUCCCGGAGCUCACUCUGCAACCGGAAUCCGAGUGCUGAAGCGCAACAUGAAGAGGAACGGGAGCCGGAGCUGCGUGACAAGAAAAACCAGAUUCGGGUCACGAGAGCGGGACUGGCUGAAGGGGGACCCCCAACGAGGGUGUGUGUGCCUCUACGGCGGCACCGUGGACCCCCAACCGCCUGCUUCCGGCCCACAGGCCUCCUCCACCCCUCAGACGGACCUGCAGUUGGUGCUCUGCUCCACCAGCACCACCGUGGAGGAGCUCUGUGCUCAGAGAAACGGACAGGGACUCUACGUUCAGCUGCAUGGAGACCUUCUCAGGAGGCUGGACCCCAGCGAGCGUCCCCUCCAGAUGGUCUACGAUUACCUGACGUCAAUGGGUUACGCAGACCCGGUGCGAGUGCAGCAUGAAGCGGCCAACUCUGAUCUCAGCUGCAUGAUCCGUUUCUACAGCGAGAGGCCAGUGAAUGCAGACCAGCAGGAGCGGACCUUGUUGAAGGGUGUGUUCAGUGUCCGAAAAGGCAAGACGCAGCUGCACAAGUGGGCAGAGCGGCAGGUUAUUCUGUGCGGCACGUGUUUAAUAGUGGCCUCUGUGAAAGACAGUCUGGCGGGGAAGAUGCAUAUUCUGCCCCUGGUGGGCGGAAAGGUUGAGGAGGUGAAGCGGAGGCAGCACUGUCUGAUGUUCAGCUCCGCCGGAUCGCAGGCACAAACUUACUUUGUCAAUUUCGACACGCUCGCCGACUACCAGCGAUGGCACCGGCAAGCGUCAAAAGUGGUUUCUCAGACGGUGAGUGUGGUGGACCUGUCCUGCUACAGCCUGGAGACGGUGCCUGAAUAUCUGUUUUACUGUCAAGAUCUCACCCACCUCAACCUGCGGCACAACUUCAUGAGGCUGCAGGGACCUGGAAGCCUGCUUAACCUCCCCAGGUUUUCCCAGCUGAAGAGUCUGAACAUAUCUCACAACCGUCUGGGUGUGUUCCCUGAGUGUGUCGGUGAGAUCCUCUCUCUGACCGAGCUGAACCUCUCCUGCAACAAUCUGCACACCGUCCCUGUUCAGAUUGGCAACCUGCAGAGCCUGCAGACUCUAUGUUUGGAUGGGAACCACCUAAGCUCACUGCCUGAAGAGCUGGGUGAUCUGUCUCAGCUCAACAGCUUGGGUCUCUCCUUCAACAACUUCUCUCACGUCCCGACGGUCCUGGAGAAACUGUGUGCAGUGGACAAGCUGGCCAUGGCCGGAAACAGAGUGGAGAGCUUGGAGCUCUCCACUCUGGCUCGAAUGAUCCACCUGAGGAACAUUGAUCUGCGGUUGAAUGGACUCAGGUGUGUUAAAUGUGAGACUCCAGAUCCAGUGAGCCACGUAACCCAGCUGGACUUGCGCGAUAAUUGCUUGGACUCGCUCGACCUGAGCUCCGUCUGCAACCUGGAGACUCUGCACUGCCAGCGGAACCAGCUGGGGACUCUCACACUCAGCGGUUUCUCACUGCGCACGCUUCAUGCCGGCAGCAACCGCCUCACAACAGUCAACAUCUAUCCGGUCCCGAACCAGCUCACACACAUGGACCUUUCACAGAACCUGUUGGAAUACCUUCCAGACUGGGUGUGUGACUGUCGAAAAACUGAGAUACUGGACCUUCAGCACAACCUGUUAUUUGAACUUCCUUCCAGGUUGCUGAACAGCUUAAGUUUGCGGAAGCUGCUGACGGGGAACAAUCGUUUGCAGAGAGUGCCUGACCUACUUGACCAUAUUCCUCUGGAAGCCCUGGACCUGCAGCAUAACAAGCUGAGCGAACUUCCAGAGAGUCUCUUUUACAAGGCCUUAAACCUGAAAUACUUAAACGUGUCAGCCAAUGCCUUGGAAAGCCUUCCCCCCAGCAGCCAAUCAGAAGAGAGCCUCAGCACUCUCCAGGAGCUCUACCUGACCGGGAACAAUCUGAACGAGAACUGCGGCGCUCUGUUGGUCGGACACCAGAACCUGCGGAUCCUUCACAUCGCCUACAACCAGCUGCUCUCCUUCCCAGCCAGUAAGCUGAGUAAACUGGAACUGCUGGAGGAGCUAAAUUUAAGUGGGAACAAGCUAAAGACGAUCCCCUCCACGGUGUCCAGCUGUAAGCGGCUGCACACUCUCAUAGCACACUCGAAUCAAAUAACCGUCUUCCCAGAAAUCCUCAACCUGCCUGAGAUCAAGCUUGUAGAUCUAAGCUGCAAUGAGCUGACUGAGAUUCAACUGCCUGACUCCUUGCCUGCCACACUGCAAGAGCUGGACUUGACGGGCAACAGCAGCCUGACGCUGGAACACAAAACCCUCAAUCUGUUCAGCCACAUUACCACACUGAAAUUAGACCAGAAAUCUGCCCCGACACCCGGAGACUCCCUGGGCUCCUCGACUCUCUGGAAGCACGGUUACUCCGAGAUGAGAGGCCAAAGAAAUAAGUUGUGUGUUUCCGUGCUUGCCGUGGACCGUUUUGGAGACGGUGGCGAAGGUUGUUACGGGAUCUUUGAUGGCGACCGCAACGAGGAGGUGCCACGCCUCCUACAGUGCACCAUGGGAGACGUGCUUUGCGAAGAACUCCAGCACUCCUGUGUUGACACAGUGUACAUGUGCAACACGUUUCUCACCUCGCACAGAAAACUUGGCAUGGCCGGACAGAAACUCGGUGCGUCAGCCUUGUUGUGCUACAUUCACCGUGAGACGUCGGAGCCCGGGAGCUGCUUUAGUCUAACUGUGGCAAACGUUGGUACAUGCCAGGCCAUUCUGUGCCGGGAUGGACGGCCUGUACAGCUCUCAAAGGUUUUCAGCUUGGAGAACUCCACAGAGGAGAUGGAGAGGGUUAAAGUCAAUAAAGCCAUUAUAACAGAGGAUAACAAAGUGAGUGGAGUGACGUGCUGCUCUCGCUUGUUGGGCUGUUCAUAUCUGUCUCCCUGGGUGCUUCCAAAGCCCUGGGUGCACACUGAGCCGCUCUGUGCCAAGGAUGAGUUCCUGAUCCUGGGGAACCGGGCCCUUUUUGAGCGAGUGUCCUAUCAGGAGGCUGUGUACACCGUGCAGGCCGUGCGGGAUCCACAUGCGGCUGCCAAGAAACUGUGCUCCCUUGCCCAGAGCUAUGGCUGCAAGGACAACAUCGGAGCCGUGGUGGUGUCACUGCAUGUUGGUGAGGACAGCUGCACUUGUGAGACCCCAGUGUUGAACGAUGAACUGCGGGGUCCAACCCCGGCCCCUAUGCCUGUCUCCGUGACUCCAUGCCCCAGUGAUCCAGGAAACAUCUCGUCUAGCAGUGGUAUUGGUACCGAGUUCAGCAGUGAGACGUCAGCCUCGGAGGUGGGCAGUGAGGCAGGGUCCACCGCUUCGGAUGAGCACCCAUCGUCUGGCCCUGCGUCUCGCCCAGAGAGGCGCUGCAGCCUCCACCCUGCUCCUGCACUCUGUGGGAUGAUGGUACCAGGUCCAGCUCCAACGAGAACUCACCCCGGCGUUUUCCAGCGCCAGCCCUCCAGUGCUACUUUCUCAAGCAACCAGUCUGACAACGGCUUGGACAGCGAUGAUGAAGCUCCAGUUGACGGCGUCAUCACUAAUGGUAGCAAGUUAGAGGUGGAGGUAGACAUUCACUGCUGUGCUUUCCAGCUCCGGCCAGGGGCCCCUGAGAGCCCGAAGGAGCUGAAUCUUGAAAAUCGCAAUGGUAAAAUGCGCAGACAGAACAGCGUGGUGGUUUCUGCUACAAACGGUUGUCUGUUGGCUGUAUGUGGUAGAGAGAAUGGAGACCUCAAGAAGUCACCUUCCACAUCCAGCCUGUUCGGUAAGAAACUGUCCAAUGGUUCUGUGGUGGCCCUGGAAGACAGUCAUAAUAUCAUUGAGGUUGCCCUGGAGGCGCCUAAGAAAAAAUCUGGCUACUUCACUGCCCCGGCUCAGCAGGACCCAGAGGACCAGCUAAUUGUGCCUCCUGGUCUUGAACAGGAGGUCAGAGAGCAGCUGAAAGGCCAGAGCCUUCAUGUCUCGGGCAUCUCCACACCACCAACACCCACCUGUGUAAAAGAUCCACUGUGGGAUCAACCACACCCGCCCUUAGUUCCAGGGUCGGGCCUCGCUGCCGUCCUGCAGCAGGAAGUCUAUGAUACCGCCCUCUAGGACGCUGAGACAGCCAUUUGGCUUCAGUUUGGAUUGUGCCAUUCUUGAGAUGUGGGACUAUCUCCUACAGCUGGUUUAGUUGCAAGAAGUUGCCAUUUGAAAACAUUUUGAAAAGACAGAAAAGCCUUUUAAAAACUGAUACUGUGCCAUUAAAGAGAGAUAAGCAGAAUAUGCUCUGAGUAUCCACCACAAUAGGGCUGAACAAGGUUUCCACACGUCCAAUACGUCAACAGCAUUUCCCUUUACUUGGAAAGUAAAGCAAUCUGAUGGAUGCAGAAAAGAUUGUGGUCGGUCUCCCCACCCGGAACCCAAAGGUGUCUCAGGUCUUGCAGAGAUUGAUUCGUGCUGAAGCUUGAAAAAGUGCCUAAUACGGACAACACAUCAGAGAGCUCAACGCAUCCAGGUUAAGAGUUGGGAUGAGAGUUUGUUUUAGCUAUAGUCAGACAGGACACUGUCUUUGCGUACACUCGAUGUCCCUGGACACCUUUCUACGGCCAUUGAAGCUUGGCCCAUCGUUGUCUUUAUUUAGCUCAGAAAAAUAUGUUGAAAACUUGAGUUUUUAUCCCAUAAUCCCAUAUUCAGCCUAAAUAAAGUCAAGCUUUGCUCAACCCCAAACAACUUUCAACUACGUUCAAAUAUUUUUAAGUGGACGUCUUUUCACCAUUAACUUCUGAGUUCGUGAUGUCUAAACAGAAGAUGAUGCUAUAGUUUCCACGUCUCUUCAGUGAAAAUUGUCUAGUGGGGAACUAGACAAUUUUAGUUGUCUAGUUCCCCAGAGAGGAGACACGACUCUCCUUUCUCAGUGGCUUACACAAAGAGAACUAGGGUUAAUCUCUUUACCCAAAUGGUACAUUUAAAAGGAUAUUAGUGUUGUAUUUUGUUUGAUUUUUAAAGAGAGAAGUCUCAUUCCUGACCCAAAGGUCACAUGUCAACUUAAAAAAAAAAAGAACUGAAAGGACUUAAGAUACCAUCAACAUGUAAAGACAAGAAUAACUGCCUUUAUGUUGUCCAAAUUAUUAAUUUGGGUUUUAUUUUAUUGAAUGUUACAAACUGGAUCGAUCAUUGUAGAAAACACUCAACAACCACUGAGGGAUGAGCUUUGAGUGCACUGCAGACCUGUUAUGAGCCAUUUGACAUUGAAGAUAUUCAGCGUUAGUGGGCUGAAGGGGAAGUGGCAGUGGAAUAAUCAGUGAAGAUGAAUCCCCAUAAUAGCCUCAUUUCAGAGAAGAAGAGUAAAUAUUUUGAGUUCAGGCGUUUUGAACACAUUUUGAUUAAUCAAUUUCAGUCAGUGCAAGUAUAAAAUCAUGUUUAAUCUAUCUUCUUAUUUGAAAUCUCUUUUUAUGUGUAGACAGAUUAUCCUUAUUUAUUAACAUUUAAGGCUGCUGACAGUAGUUAUGUUAUACAGCGAUGCUAUGAACAGACUUGUCAUCUACUUGUCAUUUUCUCACAUUUACUCCAUGCAUUAAUUUUUUUCCUCUAUUGUUCUGCUUGUUCUGUCAAAUGUUGGACUUAGAAGCCGCUUUGCCAAACUGUGGUUAGAGAAAAUGGGAUUUGUCAGGGCAAGCUGACGGUUUCACUGGCAAGAAAUCUGUCAUAGCUGAAAGGGAAACUUAUAACUCAGUCACUUGACUUUACCUGAACAACACGGAAAUUAAUCAGAACAAAUAUCUUUGGUAAACAAAAUUUGAACAAUGUUCAAACUACUACAAAGUAUUCAUUCCAAGCUUUCAGAAAGUUUUUAAGAUACACAUACAUUUAUGUGCUGUAUUGUGUUUUUAAUCAUUGGUUAAUGCUUCUUUAGAUGUCAACAAGCACAAUAGAAAAAUAUGAGCUUAAACAUAUACGCAAACAUAUUUGACACAAGAAGGACUUUCUUAGUAAGUAAGUCACUCAGAAUAUAUAAUCAUUUCUUCCCCUUUUCAAAGCUUUAGCAUCACGUUAUAUGAUAAUUUAGUGUACACAGAGCCCUCAGCAAUUAUUGGCACACUAUCUCUAGUGGUAAGUGAUAAAUGGCCUUUUAUCGAUUCCAGAGGACCCUAAGUACUGACUUCACGCUACGUUCAGUAGUAGCCUAACUUCAAAAUAUUAUUACUUAAGAAGUAAAAGAUUGCUAGUUAAAACUAGUAACUCUGUAAUCUACUUGGAAAAAAAGCUACACAUAGAUUUAAUAAGUCUCAAUUAGGUAAUUGCCGGGGUUCCCAGUAAGUGUCGCCCUGGCAGUUUUGCAUAAAGCAAUUAUUUCGUACAGGAUUUGACUCCACAGGAUAGACUCACUAAGCUAGAGGUUGGAUUUCUCCGUUUUCUGUUUGAUAUUACGCUGGUGGAAUAAAAGAUUUUUAUUUAUGAUGAUAUUUACCUUCAGUGCCAGUAAAUCCUGAGGUUGCUGUACCCAUGGGGAUAGACUAUAGUUGUAUUUAUGAUACCUAAAUUAUUAGGGGAAACUCAGUAUCCUACUGCCCUAGAAACCUCCCUUUAUCCAGCUCCGAAUGCCUCCAACUUGUUCAGCUGGACGUCUGUGAUAAGAUGUAGUCCAAUGUUUGCUGUUGUCGUUUAUUAUUAUGUUAGUUUUACAAUUUUCCUUCUACUUUCAUCCUAAUUUCAAUAGUUUUGGAAUUUCACAUGUGUUUUUACCUGGAACUAUAACGUUUUUGCCUUGAAGCUCCUCUAAGUAGUCUUUAAAAGGAGAAGUCCUUUGAGUUGUCCAUCUCUAUUCUGUUUUUCUAAGAAUCGUCUUUAAAGGCCAGCACAUACUAUAAAAAAUCUGACAUAUUUGUUUCUUUUGCAUAUGUAGGAAAAAAAAAAGUUCUUACCAGAUGCUAUUUCAAGGACAAACUACAAGAACAUCUGUCCUGGGGUGAAUAUUGUUUUCUGUUUUUGCAGAGCAUGUGUGGGCCUCAGUUUCUUGCUUGCCAAGUUGUUGUACCUUCAACUAAAGUAAUUCUGUUAUGAGCACUUUGUACAAAAAAGAAAAAAGAAUGAAAUCUGCUGUCACAUGUGUUUAAUUUGAUGUUCAGUAGUUUUAACAACAGGUUCCUCAGUCACACACAUUUCUUGUAAAGGAAACCACUGACAGUAAAGUGGAAGGCAGCUGAAAGAGAUAUCACUAAACAAAAGGUAGUUUUUUUUGUACUUGUCACAACAUUUAUUUAUAGAGCUUGUUUGUGUCUGUUUCCUUGCAAUCAUGCAUCAUUUUUAUGCUGUCUUUAACUUAUUUUUAUCAUUUACACAAAUCAGACUGAACAUAUUCUGUUGCUUAUAUUAAUGGCUAGGACUUGAUCAAAAAUAUUGUUCUUAUUUGUUUUCUCUAUAUCAAAAUCUCCCUAAAAAUGAUACAAAAAAUUAGUAAAGCUUCAAAUUGUAUCAUGCAUAUUAUCAAAGCCUUUGAAUUAUUUUUCUAAAGUAACAAAAGUACAGAUUUUACCUACAAAGCACUUUGCUAAAGCUAAUAAUGAAUUCUUGUCACUUUAUCGACCUGUGUCUGAGAUGCCAAACACGUGGGACUCUGUGGUUCUGAUGUCCACGAUAUGCUCAAUGCGUCUGGCCCGAAGUCAGCCAGACAUUCACAGACACUGCAGACAUUCUGAGACAGAUUAUGAUUGUGCGAGUCAACAGAGGAGAGCUUGAACUUUCCCAGAGGUUUCACAAAAUGGUGUGCUCUUUUGAGUUCUCUUGUAAAAUAUGCAACAUGUCAAGUGUAAAUAUAAAUGUGAUGAGAGCGUCACUUUACCGCCCGAAACCACAUAAAUCCUGUCACUUCAAAUGUCUUAAUAUUGAGUGCUGUGUGUAUGUAUGAUGUAGUCGGGGUUGUGUUUCUAUGUUUCACUCAGCAUUUCUUGUGUGUCUGUCGCGUCCAUUUGACCUGCUGUCUUUGUGCUUUGUUGCCAGUCCAAAAUGAAUAUGACAUCCCUCUGUAAUGUUCUCCAAACUAACGAAAUCCAUUUUCGACAUCAUUUGACCCUCUUAAACUGUUGCUGUCUCCUGUAUGACGCCAUAUUAACCUCAGCUGCAUUUUUUUCCAGCUUCAAGUAUGUCUUAUUUUUGAUGAGGCAGUCAUUGUGCACUGAAAUCUGCCUGGAACUGGAUGCACAGAAACAGGAAGAAGGAGGUGUGAAGAAUGUGCUUUGGUUCAAAAGAAAACACUUAGCACAAUACUCUUUAAACAUUUUAAAGAAGAGGGAAUUCACGUUAAAGCAAACUAAAUUGUUUUUCUCGUGAUUCAUUUAUUAACUUUGGAGUAGUUCUUCCUCUUUGCACAUCUAAACAAGCUUGCGGAAGUAUCUGUGUUUCUGUGUAGUGUGAAGUGCAUGCAUGCCUGUGUGACCAAUGGUUUGACUGUAACUGUGUGAACUGUGAACGAAACCGAUCAGAGGCGCUCCAACUGUAUAACACGUGACCAAAGUAGCCACUGUCUAAUGUCAUGUUUCCUUUCUGCAGAUUUUUUUGUUUUUUAAUUCUUUAUUUAUUUUUUUCUCGAUGCCAAGAAGCUUGAUGUUUAUUUUUGUACUUCAUUGUAUCAUGCAAAUUUCUAUCCCCCUCUUGCUACAGAAUUGAAAACUAUAGAGAUUCCUCAGAAAACUGUCACUCAUUAGGGCACCAUUGAGGGUACUAACUGUAACUGUACUUCAUACUGGAAGCAUGUGCUAAAUACAAGUCAACUGAGAAACAUGUAUAUAUAAAAUAUGGUUUAUUUGUAUAAAAUGAAGCAUAUCCAAUAUAUUUUUUUCUAGCAUGCUGAUUGCUGCUAAAAUUUAUGUUGAGUAAUAAAUAAUAACAUUGUUUAGGAAUGAAGCUAACAAAGAGCACUUUUGCUGUUUUUCAGAGACUUAUGCUCAUAUGAACCUUCUGUGAAAUAAAAGAUAAUCAUUUUUUUUUAUUUCAGAUGCUGCUAUUAUUAUUUUCAGUUUUUAAUGAUUUUUUUUUUCCAGUUAACUUUAA